AUGGCCAUCUUGUUCCCGACCAAGAUCAUCCCGCCCUUCAAGCGCAGCCUUGGGGACAACGGCAACCGGUUCGACCAACUUGUGUUAGGAUUAAAGAAGGUCCUUGGCCCAUCAUCAGGGCUAGACUCAGCAGAUGUCAACGUCAUGGAGCUAAUGAAGCUGAUGGAGGAGUAUAACACACAGGAGAUCGAAUGGGUGAAGUUCGCGUUUGCAGACGAAUGCAUGGAAUACACCCGCAAUCUUGUUGACGAGGGUAACGGCAAAAGCAACCUGCUUGUACUUGUCUGGACGCCAGGCAAAGGCAGUCCAAUCCACGACCACGGCAACGCCCAUUGCCUAAUGAAGAUACUCAAGGGCAACCUGACUGAGAUCCAAUACGCCUUCCCAGAGGGUGACAAAGAGCAACUGAUGAAAGCAACAUCUGAAAAAAUAUAUAAAGAGAAUGCAGUAGCGUAUAUGGCAGACGAACUUGGUGUCCAUCGAAUGUGCAACAGAGGCAGGGACUUCGCUGUCUCCCUUCACCUCUACACUCCUCCCAACGUAGCCAAGAGGGGGUGUAACAUUUUUGACAAGAAGACUGGCAAGAGCAGCCAUGUAGAUGACUGUUACUACUCAGUGUAUGGCCGCCAAUUGCCAAAGGAGUAG